AUGGAAGAGAAUCCAAGUGUGGAUCUGUCUGUAGCUGGGCCAUCCCAAGAGAAGGUGGAGAGCACAGCAGAGUAUCCUGUGCACCAAGAGGCCACCCAAGAAACACCUGAGGACCUAGUGACAAGCAGGUGGCCAGAGACCUCCUGCCAACCAGAGGAGGACUCUUUGGUGUGUAAACCGCCAACUGCUGACGGAGGAGAGAAGGCACUGUCAGAUUCAGCUGGCUCCACAGUAGAAGAGAAUGAUCCCCAGGAAACUGAAGGAUCACAUGAAGAAUCUGGGAAGACACAAAAUGAUGUCUCAGAAAGAUCCCAGAAAGAAGAUGACUUGGAUAAAGCCAGGCUGGCCCACGAUAAAACGGACAGCAAAGGAGACAGCCCUGUCCACCAGGAAACAUGGGAGGAUCAGAAGACAAGCAAGCAAGGUGAAAGCUCCAACACAGGAGAGGACAAUGCUUCAUCAAAAAGCAAGUCACUGAGCUCUGACAGUGAAAUGACACAUUCAGAAGUGACUGCCCCAAAGGAGGUCACCAAGGGCCUCUUGGCAGAGAAGAGCACCAGUUCCCUUCUCCAAGAUCAGGAGCCAGAAGAGCGCACAGAGCAAGAAACACAGGAGAGCGGAACCCCAGGCACAUUAAGGAACAGAUAUGGGACUAAAGGGCACACAGCCCCGAAGCCAGAGGCUCAGUCCUGCUUGCAGAACGUUACCACCCAAAACACAGACCAGGAGAAGGCCAAAAAGUCCUUCUUGCUGAAAGGGCUUGGCAUCGUGACCCUCGUCUUGCUCACCUGCAUAUUCUGCUUUGUCAACCUGACCUCCAAGGCACAGCAAGCCCCCAGGAACCCCACAGUGGAGGCCUUUCUGUCCCAGUUCAACCAGCUGCAGGAGAGGUUUCCGGGGCAGAGUCCCCACUUGUGGCAUCGUGGGCGCAAGUUCCUGCAGAAGCACCUCAACGCAUCCCACCACACACAGCCAGCCAUCAUCAUCUUCACGGCUGCCCGCAAGGGUGAGGGGACCUUGAGAUGCCUUAGUGCCCGUGUGGCUGACACCUACUCUGCUGCCCUGCAUGCCAGCACGGUCCAGAUCAACGGCACAGAUAAAUCCAGGCUCCAGAGUGACCAGGCCAAGCUGGAGGUGGACUUAGAGCUGAGCUCAGCUUUCCAGGCUGGGGGCCGUGCCGCAGUGAUACACCGCUUUGAGUUGCUGCCGGCGGGGGCCACCCUUAUCUUCUACAAAUACUGUGACCACGAAAGUGCUGCUUUCAAGGACGUGGCCCUGCUGCUGACCGUGCUGUUGGAGGAGGAGACACUGGAGACCCACAUCAGCCUCCAGCAGGUGGAAGAGAGGGUCCGUGACUUCCUCUGGGCCAAGUUCACCAACACCAGGACACCCAGCUCCUACAACCACAUGGACUCUGACAAGCUAAGUGGGCUGUGGAGCCGCAUCUCCCACCUAGUCCUACCGAUCCACCCGGUGCAGACCAUCGAGAAGGGGGGCUGCCAUGUCCACAUCCAACCCUAG